AUGGAAAACCCUGUAGUGCCGUCCUCGUCCUCUGCUGCCCAGCUGUUGGGGGUGCCUGGAACGGUGGCUGGAGUUACUCUUUCUUCUUCGUUGCAUGCUGCUGGAGUUGGUUUUCGGAGGGGUUUUGCAAAUGUGGUGGCUAACCGGCCACAACCUCUGCCUUCCAUGGACAUAUCUGUUCGUGAACCCCGGUUUGUGGAUGGGGAGAUGUUCUUUACGUUCUCUUCGGCUGAAGUAGCAAAAUCGACUGAGCCUUUUCGGUUCGCUGUGGUUUUGAAGUUUCAACGGCGCCGGCCUUCUUUGGACCAGAUUAGAGUUUUUAUUAAAAGUAGAUGGGGUCUUAAAGAGAUGCCGGUGGUUGGUCAAUUGAGAAACACUCGGAAUAUACUGGUCCGAUUGAUUAACGAGGGUGACUUUGUAUCUAUUAUGGCUAGAGGAUGCUCAGACGUGAAUGGUGUUCCGUAUAAGAUCUUCCACUGGACUCCGGGUUUUAAUGAAGAAGAUGAGCCCCCGUUGGUCCCUGUUUGGCUUACACUACCUGGACUACCUCCGAAUUACUUCCAAACAUCCAUGUUGAAGAGUUUUGGUGAUGGUUUUGGCCGGUUCUUGAAAUGUGAUAAUGCUACGUUGUGUGUUACCAGACCGGAAGCGGCUAGAAUUUGUGUUGAGUUGGAUGUCUCGGCGCCGUUGAAGAAGCAUUUCUGGAUAGGAUCACCUGGGCUGGAGAGCAGUAUUUUUCAAGAGGUUAUAUAUGAGAACCUGCCGGUGUACUGUAACUGGUGCAGAAAACAGGGGCAUUCGGAAGGCUCCUGCAAAUCGAAAAGUCAGUAUAAUUUGAAGGGGAAAAAGAAAGUGGAUUCGGUUGCCAAUGGGAAGGGGUUAGAGACCAAAGUAUGGAAGGUGGUAGGGGAGAAGAAAACAGAAGAGAAAGUGCAGGUUGAAGAGGAGGAGAAGGAAUACCGAGUGGACGACGGAAACAAAUUCUGGAUCAGAUUGCCCAGAAACAGACCUCAAGCUCUCUUGGAGGAGAAUGGGAUGAAGAUGACUGAAGCCAUUCGGCUGAUGGAACCGGAGGAAGAACAUGUAGUGGAACAGAAUGUUUAUAGGGACCAAUCGGCUGGAAAGUUGUCUUGGUAUGAGGAAGCUGAAAAUCUGGGUGAAAAGGAAGAGGGUAAUGAUUUGGUAGACAUCCGUGGGUCCCCUAGAAGCUCUCUAAAGCUGAUUGAUGAAGCUCUUGAAGGAGAAGUUUGCUGCAAUGCUAUAGGUAAUGAUAAUUGCUUACGGUAUCCUUUUUUAGCACAUUCUUUGACUGAUAAUGAUAAUGAGGAUGAGAUUGAAGAAUUGGCUACCAAAGGGAUUUGUUCUUCGAAGGCAAGUUUGAGGCGGAUUAAGAAUAAAUACCUUCCAUCGGUUGUAGCAAUUUUAGAACCUUUUCUUUCUGUUAAUAAGUGUGCUCAUUGGGCACGGUGGUUACGUCUUCCAAAUUUCUGUAAUAAUGUGGAAGCAGGUGGUAAAGUUUGGUUGUUCUGGGCUGAUGGCAUUGAGUUUCAAUUGCAUUCAGUGAUGACUCAAGCUCUCUCAGGUUGGUUCUCUCUUGGUAAUUCUAGAGUGUUGGCUACUUUUAUUUAUGCAAGUUGUUUUCAAGAACAACGUCGGGUCCUGUGGUCUUAUCUUCAGGAUUUAGAUGGUGGUGAUAAUAUACCGUGUUUUCUUGGUGGGGAUUUUAAUAUUAUCUGGUCGGAAGGUGAGAAAAUUGGUGGAGUUUGUCAGUCUUCUCGGGGGCGGGAUGAGUUUAAUAGAUGUAUUCAAGAUUGUAGUCUUGUUGAUCUUCCUUUUUCUGGUAAUCGUUUUUCUUGGUGUAAUGGGAGGUUAGGGGGUGGAAGAAUUUGGGCUCGGCUUGAUAGAGUGCUGGUGAAUACUGGUUUUCUAUCCAGUUUUCCUAACAAUUGUUUGACGUAUCUUCCUCGAACCUCGUCUGAUCAUUGCCCUAUGGUUACCUCUUUAUGGGUUGAUAGGAGGGUUGGUCCUACACCUUUUCGUUUUCAAAGAAUGUGGUGUUUGCAUGAGGAUUUUUUAGGUGUGGUAAGUGAGUGUUGGAGUCAAGAAUUUCAAGGAUGCCCGAUGGUGAAAUUUAGUAGAAAAUUAAAAAAAUUGAAACAAGUGUUGAAGAAAUGGAAUAGGGAGGUCUUCGGUAAAGUGGAAGUAGAUCUUAAAGUCAUUGAAGAGGAGCUCCUUGCGAUGGAGAAUAAUGUACAACAAAAUUAUACUCAAGAUAUGGAAGUUGAUCUUUUGAGAUGUAAGCAAAAGCAUCUCCAAUAUUUGCAUAGAGAGGAGAUUAUGGGGUGUCAAAAAUCCAGAGUUAAGUGGAUUUGUGAAGGUGAUGAAAACACAGCUUUCUUUCAUGCUUCUCUUAGAUGUAAAAAGAAAUUUAAGGCUUUAGAGAGUAUGAUUCUUGAAGAUGGUAGUGUUCUUGAUUCCGGUGAAGCAGUCCUUGAGGGGGCUGUUGAUUUCUUCCAUCAGCAAUUAACCACGACGGCAGUGUCUUUUGAGGAGCCUGGUAUGAAUCUUAUAACUUCUAUUAUUACUGAGGAUGAUAAUCAGUUUCUUUGCAGAGUUCCAAAUUUGAUGGAGGUUAAGGAGGCGCUUUGGUCGAUCCCACAAGAUAGUAGCCCAGGGCCUGAUGGGUUUUCUGCUAGUUUUUUCCAUCAUGCCUGGGAUAUUAUCAAAGAAGAUUUAUUGAUGUUGGCAGUUGAAUUCUUUUAG